AUGGAGUUCCGCCAGGAGGAGUUUCGGAAGCUAGCCGGUCGCGCCCUCGGGAAGCUACACCGUCUUCUGGAGAAGCGGCAAGAAGGUGCCGAGACGCUGGAGCUGAGUGCAGAUGGGCGCCCGGUCACGACGCAGACCCGGGACCAGCCGGUCGUGGAUUGCACCUGCUUUGGCCUCCCUCGCCGCUACAUUAUCGCCAUCAUGAGCGGUCUGGGCUUCUGCAUUAGCUUUGGCAUCCGCUGCAACCUGGGCGUGGCCAUCGUCUCCAUGGUCAACAACAGCACGACCCACCGCGGGGGCCACGUGGUGAUGCAGAAAGCUCAGUUCAACUGGGAUCCAGAGACUGUUGGCCUCAUACACGGCUCCUUUUUCUGGGGCUACAUUGUCACCCAGAUUCCUGGAGGAUUUAUCUGCCAAAAAUUCGCAGCCAACAGGGUUUUCGGCUUUGCUAUUGUGGCUACCUCCACUCUAAACAUGCUGAUCCCCUCGGCUGCCCGUGUCCACUAUGGCUGUGUCAUCUUCGUGAGGAUCCUGCAGGGGUUGGUAGAGGGGGUCACGUACCCUGCCUGCCAUGGGAUCUGGAGCAAAUGGGCCCCGCCCUUAGAGCGGAGUCGCCUGGCGACGACAGCCUUUUGCGGUUCCUAUGCUGGGGCGGUGGUCGCGAUGCCUCUCGCCGGAGUCCUGGUGCAGUACUCAGGAUGGAGCUCUGUAUUCUACGUCUAUGGCAGCUUCGGGAUCUUCUGGUAUCUGUUCUGGCUGCUCGUCUCCUACGAGUCCCCGGCGCUGCACCCUAGCAUUUCGGAGGAGGAGCGCAAGUACAUCGAGGACGCCAUCGGCGAGAGCGCCAAGCUCAUGAACCCCGUCACGAAGUUUAACACACCCUGGAGGCGCUUCUUCACGUCCAUGCCAGUCUACGCCAUUAUCGUGGCCAACUUCUGUCGUAGCUGGACUUUCUACCUGCUUCUUAUCUCCCAGCCUGCCUACUUCGAAGAAGUGUUCGGUUUCGAGAUCAGCAAGGUGGGCCUGGUGUCAGCGUUGCCUCACCUGGUGAUGACCAUCAUCGUGCCCAUUGGAGGCCAGAUCGCCGACUUCCUGAGGAGCCGCCGCAUUAUGUCCACCACCAACGUGCGCAAGUUGAUGAACUGUGGGGGCUUUGGCAUGGAAGCUACGCUGCUGUUGGUGGUCGGCUACUCGCACUCCAAGGGCGUGGCCAUCUCCUUCCUAGUCCUCGCCGUGGGCUUCAGCGGCUUCGCCAUCUCCGGGUUCAACGUGAACCACCUGGACAUCGCCCCGCGCUAUGCCAGCAUCCUCAUGGGCAUCUCCAACGGCGUGGGCACGUUGUCCGGCAUGGUGUGCCCCAUCAUCGUGGGUGCCAUGACUAAGCACAAGACUCGGGAGGAGUGGCAGUAUGUGUUCCUCAUUGCCUCCCUGGUGCACUAUGGGGGCGUCAUCUUCUACGGGGUCUUCGCUUCGGGAGAGAAGCAGCCGUGGGCGGAGCCUGAGGAGAUGAGCGAAGAGAAAUGUGGCUUCGUUGGCCACGACCAGCUAGCUGGCAGCGACGAAAGCGAAAUGGAAGAUGAGGCUGAGCCCCCCGGGGCACCCCCUGCUCCCCCUCCAUCCUAUGGGGCUACACACAGCACAGUUCAACCCCCAAGACCCCCACCCCCUGUCCGGGACUACUGA